AUGACGGAAAUGCGACUAUUUAUCUAUCGCAAUGAAGCAGGCUCCGAGGGCAAGGUGAUGAAUGUCAAGACAAAGGAUAAUAUUGCACGAUUAAAAAAAGGAGCAAGCAAAAAAUCAGGUCUACGUGCCAAGAGGUUAUUUCUUGCCAGUGGUGCGGAGAUCUCCGACGUCAAUGAGCUGCAGAAUAAUGACACACUGUACGUGUCACAGGGUGAACCCUUUUACAAGGCACUAGGGCCUACAUGUCAACACGAGACUUUUCAUAUGUCGGUGUUAGGAUCGGGAGGUGUGGGCAAAAGUGCACUUACGUUACGUUUCGUGAGAGAUUAUUUUGCGAAAGAUUGGGAUCCGACAAUUGAAGAUGCUUAUAGGAAAGCAAUUACAGUCGAUGAAAGACUAUGUAUGCUCGAGAUUCUGGAUACUGCAGGACAGGAUGACUUUGAGUCGUUAAGAGGACAGUGGAUGAUGGACAAGGAUGGGUAUAUUUUUGUAUAUAGUAUGGACUCGCGGAUCUCUCUUCAUGAAUUACAACCGUUCUUUGCUUUACAUCUUCACAUCAACGAGUGCUCUCGUCCAUUGCCACCUAUUAUCCUCGUAGCUAACAAGAAGGACGUGGUUGAUUGUGAUUCUUCGAAAUGUAAAGUGAGUACGGAAGAAGGUCGACGGAUAGCCCACUCGUACAAUGCCCAUUACAUAGAAACGAGUGCAUUGACAGGAGAAAAUGUGAUGGCGGUAUUCGAGACGUUUGUGCGUGAAGUACGUCGGAAAAAAGUGUCCAAGCCAAAGAAGAGCCUGUGUCUCAUUCUAUAG